CUCUUUAUGGACAACAUAAGCAUUAACUGAUACCGUAUUUUUCCGCAGUAACGUAUCUGUAAAAAAAAAACCUAUGAGAAGGAGUGGGCUUAUUUCAGUCAACUCUGUGAUCUCUUGUUCUGAUAGCUCGACACUUGGACCAAAUGACGUCAGUCAUUAGUAUGCGUGUGUAUUGCGUCAGGUCAUUUAUAUUGGUCUACAAUGUUGUCCCUGUUUCAAAAGAGUUAUUGAAACACGAGUGCAAAUCAAGUAGUCAGAUAGGAGAGGCGGAAUUACAAGUCAAGUGAUCCCAAGCUGACACGAUUAUUCCCUUUUGUGGACUUAUCUAUUACCUGAAAGAUAUCCCUUUAAAACACGUUUUCUUUAUUUCUAGCGAGCUAUAGAAAGACAGAUUUAGCCAAUCACAGCACGCACUUUGCUAAAUUUGAUCUUAAUGACAAACCCACUAAGCGCUGGAAAGAGGGCACAUCAGAAAAUGCCUGUCAUGUGAAGGUUAAAACCACAAACUACAGUUUCACAAAAUAACUAAAAGUUUUGAUCUGAAGAUAAACAGUCUCGGAAAGUUGUGAAGCAUCAUGGAAAGUGUUCAACUCCUGUGUGUUCGUGGAAACUAUUCUCGUCAAGACGUUUUCAGCUGCGGUCGCACCAUUUUCUUCUUAAAACUGAUAAUGUAUCGUGCGGCCUUGCUCAUUAACAAUCAGCACAAUUACUACGUAAUUCUAUUUAAAUUAAGCACAAGUACAAAUUUAUACAAAGCCUAGUUCAGCAUAAAAUAUCUUGACAAUAACAUCUUGUCAGAGUUUUAAUCGGGACUAAUUUUAAAAGCUCUAGAAUCCAUAUUAGAAACACAAAGUGAGUCAAAAUUUUCUAACAUUCGUUAUCAAAUAUUUGAUAGAAAGCGAUUGGUUUGCUUUUGAUGUGUUCACACUCUUGAUCUGUGAUACUAAUAUUUGCAUGGUUGCGCUAAUCGUUUAGUUCCAUGCUUGUCCAAACACCGAGUAUCUGUCGGUAAAAGUUUUUUGCCGAGUUUCCAGCAUGCAGCCUUUUUGUUACACACUAACUUCCAAUAUCAGCAAGCGUUGAACAAGUUAAUAUCUUGAUUGUCAGUGCAGAGGUCGUUCGUUCGCUCGUUAUAAACGAUACCUCUGAGUCCAUUGUUAUGCUGAUUUAUUAAUUGAUUAACACAUUUGGCAUCGUUUAACGACUGAAAUAUCACCACAGCAAUCAAUUGAACGCAAGCAAGUGACAACGUUUUAUAACUUUGUACUGUCACUGGUAACAACCUAAAUUUAGGCGUGAUCGGAUAAAGCCCAGCUUCAGAUCGCCCGCAUUGCGAGCAAUCGACAUUGAAGAAAUCCAGUUACUUCUUGAUCUACAAAUUUCGUUCAUGGAACGUGCAACUAUCCGUCUGAUAGCUCUAGUGAUUGUAUACAUCUUCUACCUAUCCGUCGGUGCCGCCAUUUUCUCGUCGAUCGAGGGACCUUAUGAACAGCGCAUUCUGUCAGAUCUGCGAAAGAAGCGAGACGAUUUCCUUGUGAAGCAUCCCUGUGUUACUGACAAGGAACUGAAAGCUUUUGUCAAGCAUGUCGUGGCGGCUCAAGAAAUGGGAAUAUAUCCACUUCGUAAUACAAGCGACAAGAGAAGCUGGGGAUUCGGUAGUUCGUUUUUCUUCGCGGGUACUGUCGUAACCACAAUAGGCUACGGAAAUAUCGCUCCCCUGUCCGAUGGUGGCAAAGUGUUUUGUAUGGUGUUUGCAGUUUUUGGUAUUCCCAUGACGGCCAUCAUGUUAACAGCCAUUGUGGAGAGACUCCUUCAGUUGACCGACUUACUUGAAACGUUUCUGUGUAGUACUUGCACUGUACGCGGAAUCCCUCCUGCUUACCUCCGCUUUCUCCAUCUAUCGUUAAUAAUGUGCGGAGUUGUCGUGCUGGUAAUGCUAAUUCCCGCCGUUUUCUUCAUGUUGCUUGAAGACUGGAGCUAUUUUGAAGCGCUGUACUUUUGUUUUAUAUCGCUAACUACCAUUGGACUUGGAGAUUUUGUGCCUGGGGACGACCCAAAGUGGCGAAGUAGCGAAUACCGUUCGCUAUAUAAAGUAUGCUGUGUGUUUUUCUUUAUCACUGGACUUACAUUCUUGCUUCUGAUUCUGGAACUUUGCGCUAAAGUCCCGGAUGACCAUCCCGGCAUGCUUUUCUCGUGUCACAAGCCAUUCAUCCAAGAGGAAGAAACAGAGUUAACAACAAAACAGCGCCCGCGAUACUCAGUGUCCAGCAGAGGGAGCAGCGCAUUGUCAACACAGGAAAAUGAAAGACCUUCCAGAAACUCUUAUGAAAGAAUAACCAACAGAGAUAAUAGAUGAUGAAGCUAAUGAAAACAGAUCAAUCGGUAUAACACUAAUAUAAGAAUGUUUGUAAAGAAAAUGAGUAAAACUGGGUUUAACACUUGCCAAAUUCUAAGGUUGGAAAUAAAAGCUCGUUAAUAUAACUGGCAAAAUUUUUGCCUUUUUAAAAUUAUCCGCGUGAUGCCAAAAGCAAAAGCUUGUCAAAGCAAAUGAAAAAAUUAAAACGAAAUGAGUUUCUGGUAAGAGUGAAGGAGAAACAAGUCAAAAUUAUAGAUAUUUUUUCACAUACCGUCAAGGAGGUAAAAUUAUUCUCCUUAGGGAAAAUGAGGCUUGCAUUUGUAUUUCAAAAUUGUAAUGUUUUCUUGGGAACUUCGUUCCUUAUCAAAGAAACAUGAAACAAAUACUAUAAUUUUGACCAUAGAUCUGACCGGGAGCUUAUCACCUCAGAGGUGAUAAGUUUCUGAUCUGACAAAGGAGUUAGAAUUUAAAUUCCAAAUACUUUACCAAAACAACUGUAAUUGUAAAUCAAGGGUGUAAAUGUUAAUCGAAACUAGAAAACAUUUUCCUCGUGGAAGAGUGUUAUAUUAAAGUUACGUUUACCACGGCCAAGAAAGCAUGAAGAGUAAGAGUGUUAAUCCCCAAUAUAGACCUUAUUCCCAAGGUAAUCCAUCUCAAGUUAUUUUUACGUCACCUCCAGUUUCGGAAACCCCAGGGCGGCCUAGAAAUGGCGCGGAGUUUUGUUCAUGUGGUAGCCCGAGUGAUUUUACACGUAUGUUUAUUCUCUAUUUAGACAUGGUACACAGUUCUUUGGCGAAAAAUGUUAACACGCGUGUUGCGUGGAUGUUUUCGUGGAGGAUGAAAAAUGCGUGUAAAACCGCUUGGGUUGUCCACGCGAGCAAAAUCCGCGUCACAGGAUUGGCUAUUUAUAGACCCUCCUGGGAUUUUCGAAACAGGUCAUUUCCGAGUUACCUUGUGCCUCUGCUUCAAAACGAGUCUCCUUGAAAAACCUUUCAUAUUGCAACGUGUUUGCUUUGCAUCCAAUUGAACCUCUUGGCAAAACACGUUUUCAAGCUCGUUUUGACACAGAGGCAAAAGGCAACUGGGAAAUGGCCUAUUAGAUUGGAAAUAAGGCUUUUAUGGGAGAUUACCUCUCUUACCUGGCAUUGUCUCUUGGCACAGCGCAAAUUGCAAAUAUGGUGGAAGACGUGUUUGGUGGCCAUAAUUUCGAUAAAAGUGCACUUCGUAUUGCUCGAUCAGUAAACUUAACUUCCUAGCAAGAUGUUACAGAUCAACUUAGUAGAGACGUCAGAUAUUCAGAAACUACAUUUCAAGCUUUAUAUUUUAUACUAUUUUUUAAGAAGAUCAGGGGCAAGGAAGGGAGCUGUCUGGUUAUAGCAUCACUUUAAGCCCAUGAGGAUAUUGUUGUACGAUAAAUUGUAAUUUAUGUUGUUUUCGGUGACAUUUGUUGAUUUACCAUGGAUGGGACGGGAUUACUCACCAUGGUUGGGAGGGAAGGAGGGGUAAUCGAGUUUAUUUUUGUGGCUCAUAAGAUUUUCCCACAGUUUGUAUGUCAAGUGCACUAUCACGGGAACUCUGUUACAUUUUUGUUCAAAUUAUACCUUCGCGCCUAAAAUAAUUGUUAAAGGGACAGCAAAGCGUAAUUAUUUCUUGGCGAUUUUCACACGGCAAGGAGGGGGCAGAAUUUUAAGUAUUCCAGACAUCAUGUAUGACUACUAGAACAUUGUAAUUCUUACUGGCAAAACUACACCAUCAAUUUUCAAUUGAUUUCAAAGUCAUGCUCGGAGUAAUGUUCCUUCAAACCAACUGCUUUCUGGGGCCACAGAUGAUGUCGAUGGACCGGGGAUUCCAUGAUUUAGUUACCAAUUUGAAUGACUACCAUAGCCUUUUCCAAGGAAAUCGAGUAGGAUUAAAUUGAAUGAAAUGAAAGUCGUUGUUGGUUUGUUGUAAAUAGUUAAUUCCAUCGAUUAUAUGUUGUGCGUUUUGACCUUAAAAUUCUCUUGCAUACAUCUGCUCCCUCUACCUCGACCUAUCCCCAGCAAACUUGAUUUCAACCUCGUCCAUUACCUCAAAGCGGAACCUAAACAAUAGGCACGCAGAGCGUGCGAGGAGAGUUCCAACGAAGCGAAAUAUACUGGACAAUCAGACGCUAGUCCAAGUGAGACAAGCCCCAAACAAUAGGGAGCUUGAGAAAACUACGACGACAGCAACGAGAAUGUCACCAAACAAAAGGUUAAAUGAGCAGAACAAUAGCUGUGCACGUGCGUUAAAAAUCUUUGUAUUUUUCUUUGCCGUCUUCUGCAAAACAAGAACGUGAAAUGAUCAACUUCUGCGUAGUCUGACAAACGCGAACUACGACGGCUAAUUUUUAGUACAAACGCUGUUAUUGCAUAUUUAGCCUGA